AUGAGCACAGAUGAUGGUCGGGAUGCCAGAUUAAUUACAGUUGUGAAAGCCUGGAUGGACAAAUGUGCUCACAACUUGUAUGCCUUGACUCCCAUAGCUUUUACCGAUGACCUUGAUUUCUGGGAGCUUAUACCGAAAUUGAUGGAAGUUUUGCUUCGCCGAAAUCAAGAACUGCCUAUGGAUGAUGGAAAGGGAGUCCUUCUAACCCUCGAAGAAUUCCUUGUGGAUUAUGUUCACAUCACGCUUCACUUGCUUCGCAUGGAUUGCAUGACCUUGCGCCACGCGAUCGACGAGCCAGAUAGACAGGAAAGCAUGGCCCAUGCUUACUUAGACCCUCUUGCUUGGCUAUUACAAUAUAACACCAUCCCGCUUUUCCGAGCCACUGAAAAUGCCUAUGGUGCGGAAGUCGUUGAUGUUUUGGCCCGAGUCAGGGCAAAGACAAUUGCCCUCGACGUUGUCCAGGAACUGACAGACUACGCCUCCCUGAUCAUCCAGAAUGUGGCCAAGUGCCCGCACUGGGUCGGCGCCUUGAUCCCUUUUCUUCAUACCGCGAACAGCACCAUUGACAGUACCCUGGAACGCAGGCAGGGCCUGCCCGAGACAUUAUCUCUCGAUUCGCCUUCCGACACCCCUUACCUUACACUUCUCUAUGACACCAUCCGCCUGAUUAGUGAGAAGUUCCAAGAAUGGAUUACCAAGAAGUCCCCGUGGCUGACAAGUGAGCUGGCUGAGCAAUUGUUGCGUCAAAUCCAACGCUGCUUAAACAUGUUCUGUCUUCGUGACAGUGAAUUCAUCAAACAAUUAGCAAAGGACCUUUCGAUUGAGAUCCCCGAUAAUGCUGAUUCCAAAGACCAACUUCAUGUCAUCACCUGGGGAUGGAAAUUCCAAGUAUUGAAGAAAUACAUAAUGGAAGGUCGCAUGGAACUUCGAGCCCACGGCGUAGAAACAAUGCAGUCAGAUCUGAUCACAAUUUGGAAGCAGUACGUCUCCCCGGAGCCUGCAGGAAUCGCGUUACCAUUUGUUCAGUAUCUGGUCCGAUUCAUCCGGGACAACAAGAUCGUGAACUACCUUGUGGGCGUCGAUUCCCAUCCCCAAUUGAUCACCCGCAGCAGCAAUAUCGUUGGCUUUUUGAUUGUGACAUCGUCAUAUACAAAUUCAGAGACAGACAUUAUCUGGAAAUCAGUGACAGACAGUCAAGACAGCCGCAUUGUUUCUGAAGUGUUAUCGAUGCUUAUCAAGACGUUCUGGAUGCACCCAAGCACAUCACCAGCAUUGAUCUACAUCUGCGCCAAGGUUUUGGAGCUACCCUUGGAUAGAUUUGAUACACGCAUCAUUGAUAUCUGUGACAGCCUACUCGGCCGGGUCUCUGAAAGACCUAUUGAACAAGUUGGCGGUGCCUUCGUGAACACAAUUCCCUUGCGAUUAUGCGUGCGCUUGAUUCGGGAGAGUACUGCCGCAGAAGAUAUGCCCGUUGAACACAAGAAGUUGCUGCAGAGUUUGGGUACCAAGCACCUUGAGCGAUUUAUUAAAACCGGUGUCAGCCCCAACGAUAGAAUGGAGAUGUAUGAGCGCUGUAUUCAAGAUAUCGCCGAGAUGAACCAAUUCACUGCGGGAAGUAUCCAGGUGAUCAGUGCUCUUGUCCCGAUUCAUGACUCGCAAGAGAUGAGAAAGCUGGCCGAAGAAUUUGACCUGACUCGUCUCGUGAUCAAGGAUCUCCUUCACACUGUGAAUGACGAUCAAGUCGGUCUUGCCGAUGGAUUCUCGCACUAUGGCAUUAUCUCCCGUGUUGCCAUCUUGUUCCGCCUCAUCGAUAUGGCACCAGAUACAAUCACCCCCGAACUCGGGAGCGCCUUCUGGAACGAGAUUCUCUUGUCGAACAAAUUGGGCCACGAUGGACAAAAGGCAGCUUGGAACAUGAUGGGCAGUGCUUUGAGCAGAAGUUCCAAAUCCAACCCGUUUCUAGAGCGCUGCAUUCGCGAGUAUUUACCCGGACUGUCGCCGAGCGAUUACACCACUGAGAUUCUCUCUUUUGCGAAACAGUCUAUCAGUUACGAUGUCCGCUUCAACCCACCACCCCCGGCAGGAGCUGAUGAAGUUAUCACUGUUCCCGGGAUGGAGAGGAUUUGGAACUUCAUUCUGACAGCUUUACCCGGCACUAUUGAGGCUGAGGCUACAGCAUUUGCCAUCGAGGUUUACCUAGAUCAUCAGAUUAUCCGCAAUUCUCCACGAGCUGCCAUAGAAGCCACCCAUAUCGCGAUUGUCAAUCGUUGCAUUGAUCAAUUGAAAUCUACCGCAGCCACUCUUAAAACCUCUGAAUGUGCCGUUUUCAAUGAUGAUGCUUCGAUGGACAGCGUUACUCCGACUGGAGAAAUAGAGGCUGAUGAGCUCAAGUUCAGGCGCUCUCUUCUCUUUCUUCGGCAAUUCUUGUAUGGCUUGAGAACUCGCCCACUUUAUAGUCCUCCAAGAGGCACCCCUCCCCGUCUCCCAGAACGGCCAUUGAAAGGCAGCCCAAUCGACAUCUCCUGGCAGUCUUUCAACGGCAGCGCUAGUUCGCCUAUCAGUACUCUACAAAUCGGGGAUCUCUCCUCGGCAGCCGAGCUAAUGGAACGACUUACCCAGCUCACUGGGUUCUCCAAAUUGUCGGCAAUCUGGGGCGGCCAGCGUAUUGAUCUCCUCAAAGACCCAGAAGCACUCCUGAAGAACAUGACACUCCACCCUGGCCUAUUAAUUCUUCGCAAGGCACCGGAUGCCCAAGAAGUCUCCCGUGAUAGCAAACACCAGUAUCUUACAGCAGUCGACUCUGAAGUGCUCAAGCAUUUCGAUGAGAUCUAUGAGCUCCUCUCCCUCAAAGAUGACUUGGCGAGAGAGAUAUUUGAUUUCCUCAUUGUCUUCCCGCCACAAGAACGAGUCUUGGAGCUCGUCAGGUCAGAAGAGAGUGAUGAGAAGGCGCUGUUCCCGCUUGAGAAACCUUUCCUGGCACUCUACUCAUUCCAUGCACUCCUGUCAAGUCUUCAUGAGGAGGAAGCUCAGGUGACACCCAAGCAAAGCUUCGUAUCGCACAGCAUCAAGAUGUUAGUAGUGUUUUUGAUGUCCGACGAACUCUUGGAGUCUCUGAAGCUCAAUAAACUUCGACUUGCCCUUGCCACAAAAUCGAUUGAAUCCCUGUUGUGUGCUCUAGCUGUCUACUACCCGGAUAAUGAUAGCUCGGCUUUGAUUUCGGACCCGGCUCCUUUUGCCCAGCGGCUACUAAACCUUAUUGAAAUCGCUCGCACUCUACCUGUAUCUUCCGUGAUCGCUCCUGGCGUCCACAAGUUGAUUUGCAGUUCAUUUGCAUUCCUUAUUGAAGGCUCAGUCCGCGACUAUAAGCUAUGGGAGACAAUUAAACAACAUGCCCAGUUUGAUCAGCUGAUACGCGAGCUUCUUCUCAAAGAAUGUCGACAGACUAUCCGAAACGAUGUUGCAGAGAGGAUCAAGAUGAUCUGCAACCCUUCCAAAUUGCUAAAACAAUCGGGGAAGAUGGUUAGUGAUGACUUGCAGACUCAAAAUUCUGCAGAAAGCCCUAUCCGAAUUGACAUGCUUGCAACCUUUUGGAACGCGUUGGUCAAAAUCAUUCCACAAACAUCAGAUUAUGCUACACAGUCUGCCGAGUUUUUUAGAGUCGCUCUGUCGGUUUUCCGCUCUGUUGCCGAAAAGUCCCCCCGAGAUGUCAUUAUCAGCCAUUAUCUUCGGGAAUGGACCGAUAUCAUGUUUCGCCAUCAGAAUGAGGAGUUUGUUGGGCGUGAGAUAGUUGACGAAUUCGUCCUGGGAUUUGCUCUUUUGUUGGAGAACUGCCUUGAAUUGGCCGAUCGUGCCAAUAUCGAGCUGGAUACUUUUGAUCUCACUGAGAACAUCUUGAACAAUUAUCUUUUCCCAGAUCUGUCGGAUGUUUCCAAUGGUCCAGUCAUCCCGCGUAUCCCUGUGAUGCACACAAUGACUCGUCAGAAGCUGUACAAUAUCGUCAACCUCUUGUGCAAGCGAUCGCAUGAGAAUCUCCACCAAACUAUGCAGCAGCUUGAAGACAUUGUGCCUCGCGACAUUUCCUACGGCCCGAAUUCUAGUUUCGAUCGUUCCAAGAUGAUCCGAGCCCCAGAGGGAUACGCGGGUCUAAAGAACCUGUCUAAUACCUGCUAUCUCAAUUCCUUGAUGACGCAACUUUUCAUGAACGUGGAAUUUCGGGAUUUCAUGCUUAGACUGCACGUCGUGGAUGGUGACUCCUCUCAGCGGCUGCUAGACGAAACUCAAAGGCUUUUUGCAUGGAUGCAAAAUACUUGGACGAAAAGCAUUGAUCCGCAGUCUUUUGUUGAGAGCAUUCGUACCUAUGACAACGAAGCCAUUGAUGUGACCAUUCAAAUGGAUGUUGAUGAGUUCUACAAUCUUCUCUUCGACCGCUGGGAAGCCCAGGUUGUCGACGCAAAGGACAAGAAGAAGUUUCGAUCUUUCUACGGUGGUCAGUUGGUCCAGCAGAUAAAAUCUAAGGAGUGUUCGCACAUCUCCGAGAGGCUGGAGCCAUUCUCUGCUAUCCAGUGUGACAUAAAGGGCAAAGCAAGUCUCGAAGAAAGCUUGCAGGCGUAUGUUGAGGGUGAGAUCAUGCAAGGUGACAAUAAGUACUCUUGCACUGCCUGUGGUCGUCAUGUUGAUGCUGUCAAGCGGGCCUGUCUGAAAGACGUCCCUGACAAUCUCAUUUUUCACUUGAAACGUUUCGAUUUCGACAUGGUGUCAAUGAUGCGAAGCAAAAUCAACGAUGAAUUCCAGUUCCCUGAACGAAUUGAUAUGACGCCAUACAAUGUUGAGUAUCUAUCUGACCCGGAAAUGCUUGCUGAGCCUGAUGUCUUUGAAUUGGUCGGUGUUCUAGUCCACACUGGUACGGCUGAAUCUGGGCAUUACUACUCAUACACUCGUGAGAGACCCUCUGCAGACUCUGUAUCGUCAUGGGUCGAGUUCAAUGACUCGGAUGUCAGCCGAUUUGAUCCUUCCACAAUUGCGGACCAAUGCUUCGGUGGCCAGGGCGAUUCGAUGCAUUCGAUGGGUGGGGUUCAGAUUAACAAAGCCUGGAACGCUUACAUGCUGUUCUAUCAGCGUGUAUCGACAAUGGAGAAGUCAAAAGAAAGCUAUCAGCCGUUGAAACAAAAUUGUCCGGUGCAAGUCCCCGUACCCGUUGACUAUGCGAAUCACAUCGCUAUGGACAACGAGCUGUUCAUUCGAACCUAUUGUCUUCUGGAUCCUUCCUAUACAUUCUUUGUACACCGUCUCCUUGAGAGAUUACGCGAGACGAAUUUUGAGUAUGCCCAUAAAGCAGAACUUGAAGUACUUGCCAUGGACAUUGGGCUCGAUACAUUCGAGCAGCUGAUUGCGCGAACCAAGGAUUAUCUGGGAGCAGACUGUAUCUACACUGAGCUAUACAAAUUGCUCAGUCGGAAUCCACGCGCAGCUUUGCAGACGUUGAAAUGGGCUUGUGACAGGGACACUUCGUUUCACAACAUUAUUUUGCGAACUUCUAGCCAGGAAAUUCGACAAAAGGGUAUUGUGCUCCUGAUAGGAUCUCUCAAACGACUCCGGAUGCACCUGAAAGACCCAGACAUGGAUGAGACCGACCGUGGUCACCUGGAGGGUCAAGCUCAGCCGCUUAUUGAGCACAUUGUGGAGAUGCUGCAGCGUCUGUGGCCUGUACUACUGGGCACCCCACGCGGCUGGGACGAUUACUUCGACUGUUUUCUCAGACUUGCCGAGUGUGGACCCGAGGUCAUUGGCAUCUUGCUUGAGAAAAACAUUCUGACCCGAUGUCUCGAAAUCAUUUGGCUCGACCAGGACGACAAGAUGAGAUUAAGACUGUCCUACCAGAAUUACAGCAGACUGUUAGAGAAGGGGCGCCGGUUCAUUUAUAAGAAUAUGCUGGUCCUCUGCUCUGUCCUCUUCAGGAGUAUUGACUUCUCAUUGCCUCCGAUUUCAGACAACGAAGUUCGUCGAAUGUCACCAAACGGAAAGUACGCGCUCACCUACACCGAAAGCAAGUAUAUCUGGCAGGUCGACGAUGAUGGCAAUGCCGGCUUUUUAAAGCAAUUACUCCAACAUGAGCAUUUCGGUCUUCAAGAUGCUAUUCUGGAUAUGUUUGUCAGCCUUGUGGCAGCAGAGCCCGAAGCGAACUUCCUGGAUCGUAUUGUCAAAACCUUGGAGCUUGGUCUGCGGCUGUCACCGGCUGAUCUUUGUGCUCCAUUUCUUUGCAUCGCAAUUGUCUACUGCAAGCACGCACCUGAAGUAGGAGAGGUGGCUGGCAUGAUCGACUUUGUGGCCAAGGGGGUGAGCUCCAUCAACAAUAGUGGUGGCAUUGACCACAUUGACUUUUUCGCGCAGCUUUGCAAUCAAAGUGCUGUCAAUGAGCGGCUGUCGUUGGGACCAGAGUGGUUCAAGAGUGUUGUUCAGCAUAAGAUUCCUGACUUUGCUCCAACCUUGCUGGUUGAUACCGAAAGAGUGGUCCGCCAACAAACACUUGACAUUGCCAACAAGCUCCUUUUCACUCUGGAUCGUGAGAAUAACCUUGAAGAACCUCGCUCGCCGCACAUCGAAAUUGGCAGACAGCUAGCAAAAGCCUGCGUACAAAGGAUCAAUGAUCCAUUCCUCACUGGGCAAAUCGCAAGUGUUGAGUCCAGACUGGUGUACAGCAUCACAUCGACCCUUACUCAUUGUCUGGAGAACUAUUUCGACCCUGAGAAUGAACAGGAUCAACUCUUCAUUCACCGGGCAAACGACACCCUCAACUUGCUCGAUCAAAUCACGGUCGAUGUCCCCGACGACUUUAUCUCAGAAUCCGAAAUGCCCUCUCCAGAAGAAUGGGAAGCCACAUCUGCGUUGGCUAGCGACUCUGAAAUGGGAGUCGCGGGCUCCCCUUAG